AUGUACGAAGGGAUUGACAACCUGAAAUCCCUUUACGACCGUGCCGGGAAGACUUUCUCCGGCGGUCCUUCUGCGGCACAGGAUGUGUCGCGUCGUACUGCUCGACCAGACCCAGUACGUCAACCAUCAAUUGGGAGCGGGGCUCCCAAGAAUCCCAGGACGGGGGAUAGCCGCGCCACCGGACGAGGUAACUCGUCCGACGUCCGUUCACGUCGCGGUGGUUCAACAGAUGCUCUACUAGAUAGCGCUGGCCACCGCGAGAGUCCUCUAAUGGAGGUGGAGGAGGAGGAAAGACGCUCUCCACACGAUCAUGUGGAUCGGUGUGUUCCCGAGAGCUUCUUUGAUCGCGUAACGCAAGGGUUACGCGACGAUCUCGAGCAUGAGCGGAAUAGGCGUCUCCAGAUGGUGGACACUGCCUCGAAGCAUCGAGCUGAGUUUGCCUUUGCUCAGCUUGAGAACGAGAGAUCUCUGACAUCUCUUCGUGACGAGCUAAGGGUAGCUCGUGGGAUUGUUGAUCGGUCUCGGGCUGAGAUAACUGCUCUUCAGACCCUUGUUGAUGCCCACCAUCGGGAGCACAAGGCUCUCUGCGAGAUGCUUGAGCGCAAGGGCGUUCUUCAUCGGAAGAAGCAGCGUACUGAUGGUACGGCUUAA